AUAAGCUUACAUGUCAUGCUGUGAGUGUCCUUUGAACAUCCAAAUAUGUCUUAACUUCCUUUCUUCUUUGGAGCGACAACAGUUCUUUACCGAUAUAUGCUCCACUGUUAAUGGUGUGUUGUAUAAGGAUAUCUGUCGGUGAAACAACACCAAGAGAAAGGAAGAUCACUUAAUUUCAAAUGAAAGGAAACUGGAUAUUUACACCUAAGGAUGAAUUUGGUGAAACCUGUCCUGUGUUGGAUCUUUAUCUUGUGCUUUUGGCGAGAAACUGAAGGCACAAUAUACUCUUCUACCAAAGCUAAAAUCUCUAUGCCGAACAGAACCAGAGUGGCAUUAGCUGGAGAAACUCUUGAAUUUAAACUGUCAGUAACCAUACCAGCAAACCACACAAAUGGCAAUCUUGAAUGCUACAAGUCUCAGAGCAAGGAGACUGUUUGGAAAAAGGAGCUUGAAAGGACACAUUCGGAUGUUACUAAAUCGGAGGUGGUACAUAUCAAAAUGUACAACAGCUCCUGGUCUGGUGAUUACCACUUUCGUUAUGCAUUUCAAGAAGUACACUGGGUGGUUCUUGUGAUGGAUAAGGGUUAUCAAGAUCCAGGUGACGUGUGGGAAAAAGACAUCAUCAUAAUGAUGAUUUUCUCAGGAAUUUUACUCUUCUUCAAUGUUUCAGGUUCACUUUACAUUUUGAAGAUCUACAAGGAACAACCUCUCUCUGGAGAGGAAAGAAAUAAAGUUGUGAAGAAGAGACCAGAGGAGAGGGAUGAGAAUGUGGUGAUGGAAGAAGAUGCAGCAUCUGCAUCACUCUACACUGCACUACAACACAGACCAAGCGCCAUUUAUGAUUCACUGAAUCCAGAACCGAUGAGUCAAAAGGAAAACAGACAAAAAUCAGAAAAAAUGCACUGGAAAGCUCAAGAAGAUGAAGAAGUCUAUGAAAACUUUUGAAUAUUUGUCUGCAUAAAUAUACUUUUCUAUUAGUGUCAAAUAAAAAUACAGAUAUUUUUGUAUAAUAUAAAACAAUAUGGCCCUGUGUAACAAACCAUACUAGGAAAUAAAGGAAGAUUAAAACAAA